CUGCAAGACAUGGACCCAAUUUCCACGUUCACACACAUACUAUUCUAUAGGAAUAAUAAAAUAAUCACAUAUACAUAGGCCUUUAUUAUAUUCCUUCUUCUUCAUUCAAUAUCCUUCAUAUUCCUAUUACUGGUUUAGUACAGAAAAAGAAAAAGAAGCCACAUAAACAACUUCUCAAGCAGAUCUUAUUAUAAACAUGAUAUCCCAUUCUCAAUUCCUUGCUGUAAUUCCAAGAAUAAUAUUUGUUGUUGCAAUACAAAUAAUUGUAGGAGUAAAUUCUUUUUCUGAAUUUGAUAAGAUAAAAAGUUUACCUGAACAACCAGAAGUAGAAUUCAAACAAUAUGCUGGUUACAUUACGGUUGAUGAAGUGCAGCAAAGAGCUUUAUAUUACUACUUUGUUGAAGCAGAAGUUGAUCCAGCUUCAAAGCCGGUAGUUCUUUGGUUGAACGGAGGGCCUGGUUGUUCUUCUAUUGGAGUUGGAGCUUUUGUGGAGCAUGGUCCUUUCAAACCAGCUAAAAAAGGUCUCAUGAAGAAUGAUUACAGUUGGAACAAAGAGGCAAACAUGUUAUACUUGGAAUCACCUGCUGGUGUUGGUUUCUCCUAUUCUGUAAAUGAAUCAUUCUAUGACUUAGUGAAUGAUGAAAUGACAGCAAGAGAUAAUCUUAUCUUUCUACAACAUUGGUUCACUAAAUUCUCCGAGUACAAAAACAAUGAUUUCUUUCUCACAGGAGAGAGCUACGCAGGUCACUAUGUGCCUCAACUUGCACAACUCAUUAUUCAAACUAAAACCAAGUUCAAUCUCAAGGGAAUAGCGAUAGGGAAUCCUCUUAUGGAGUUUAACACAGAUUUCAACUCUAGAGCUGAGUAUUUUUGGUCUCAUGGAUUAAUAUCUGACUCAACUUAUGAAAUCUUCACAAAAUCAUGUAACUAUUCUCAAAUAAGAAGACAAUAUCAAAGUGGCACACUUAGUUCAAUUUGUGCAAGAGUAAAUAGGCUAGUGUCAAUGGAGAUCAGUAGAUAUAUUGAUCUAUAUGAUGUUACUCUUGAUGUUUGUCUACCUUCAGAAAAACAACAGGCAUAUGUGCUUACUCAAUUGCAAGAGGGAGAGAAAAUAGAUGUUUGUGUGGAAGAUGAAACAUACAUAUACUUAAAUCGAAAAGAAGUGCAGAAAGCUCUCCAUGCUAAACUUGUAGGAAUCACCACAUGGUUAACUUGUAGUGGAGUUCUGAAAUAUAACAUGAAAAAUCUUGAGAUUCCAACUAUUUCUGUUUUAGGGUCACUUGUUAAGUCAGGUGUUAGAGUUCUAGUAUACAGUGGAGAUCAAGAUUCAGUCAUACCAUUACUUGGAACACGAUCUUUAGUAAAUAAAUUAGCUAAAGAGUUUGGAUUGAACACAACAGAAUCUUAUAGAGCUUGGUUCAAGGGAAGACAGGUAGCUGGAUGGACACAAGUAUAUGGUGACUUAUCAUUUGCAACUAUAAGAGGAGCAUCUCACGAGGCUCCAUUUUCACAACCAGAAAGGUCGUUGGUGUUACUAAAGACAUUUUUGAAAGGAAAAUCACUGCCAGUAUCCUCUGAAAUGUGAAUACACUUUGUUACAAAGGUGUAGGUACCUCAAUAAGUAAAAUCUCGGAAAAAGUUUUAACAUACACUUCGAAUCAACAUCAAAUUGUGUGAUUUUGAAUUUUUCCAUCAUAGUUAAAAAUGGAUGAAAUAUGAUUUCAUUGAUCUUUGAUUCCAUGUAAUUGAUUUCGUUUAGUGAAAAAAAUCAUUUUAUUAUUUUAAA